AUGAUCAAACGAGAGAUCAAAACGUAUCAAACACGCUUGAGCUCAUCUAUCAGUUCCCGCGAUGUCAAUGAAACUAAACGGAUAAUGCAGAACAUCAUCAUGCAAACAACGCGUGGGGUCGAUAUGUCCCCACUCUUUGCUGAUGUCUUGAUGGGGUGCGAGACGGAAGACGUUGAAUUAAAGAAAAUGGUGUACAUGUUCCUCUGCACGUACUGCGACAAAAACCUGGAGCUCUCGAUUUUGUGCGUUAACACAUUUUACAAAGACUGCAGAGCGGCAAACCCGAUUGUGAGGGGACUUGCCGUCAGGUGUAUGUCUAACUUCCGAGUCGAAACCGUUCGCGAACAUCUGAUUGAUGAAAUAGAUCGUCUGCUUGAUGAUCGCAAUGGGUAUGUGAAGAGAUGUGCAUUAAUGGCGCUUGGUAAAAUAUGUUGCGAGAAGUUGGAUUUGAAGAUCAAGUCCGACUUUGCGGAGAAAGUGAGUAAAAUGACACUUGACGAAGACGCAUCGAUAUCACUUGAUUCGUUACUUAUAUUGAAAGAAAUGAAUAACGGUGUAGUCACUUUGAAUCGAAGAAAUAUUCAACACAUUGUCUCAUUGGUCAGCAGAUUACAACCAAUUGAGGUUGCGGAAGCUGCAGUAUUGCUGCGAGAAAGUAGUGUAAUGGAAUACGAAGAUGUGGAGAGUGUGAUGAACUCCUUUGAUCCAUAUGUCGAUUGCUUAGACCCGUCUGCAGUGAUCGAGACAAUUAAACUCUUUUUGUUCAUAGCGGAGAAAUUUAUCAAAGACGAGAAAUAUACUCAAGAAAUAUUACAACGUGCGUCAGAAGGCAUCGACGGGUUGUUCAAUUAUUACUCCUCUGUGAACGCACAAGUUGUGCUGGAGAUUCUUAACACGAUUCUGGAAAUCAGUAAGCGAUAUUCCUUUUUCUAUAAAGACUCGGCACUGAUCAUCCCAACGUACAACGACCCGGAGGAAAUUGUGUUUGUCAAGAUGGAAAUCAUGAAGGUCAACACGUCUGUUGAAAGGCUCAAAUUUGUGAUGAAACACUUUCAAACACUAAUGUUGGAUGUCUCGCUGUUGCCAAUAAUUUUAGAGGCACUUGUAGAGAUGGGGUGUAAGAAUCGCGAAAGCGGAGAGGUGGUGAUUUCUGGGGUGGUUGAAUUGCUGAAUAGGGACUUAAGAAAGAAAGUCGAGCUCAAGUUGUUGAGUGGGAUUGUGAAACUUAUUAUAUACUACAACGACAUCUCUUCGGACGAUGUGAGAAACUUGGCUUACUUAUUGAAAGAUUCGAGUGAGGUGUUUGAAUGCGACGAAGAGGAUUUGAGUUAUGUGUUGUACCUCUGUGGAGAGUAUGAGGAGUGUUUUAAUUUCGAAGUUCUUGUCGACGCUUUGGACCGGUUUGAAACGCUUUCGAGUCGAAACAAAGAUGCUCUUCUCUCUGCAACAGUUAAAUCUUUUAUUCGAAAUAAACAACGGUGUUCUGUGCUUAUUAAAGAAGUCACUAAAAAGUGUUUGGACGAUGUUGAUAUCGACUUGAAUUUAAGAGCAAAAUUUUAUAUGAAUGUGCUUGACAAACAUAUGAUUCAAGCCGCAGACAUUGUCUUUUUGCACUCUUAUUGA